AUGUUGGUUGGCAACAUCUACGUGAUUGCGGGUGUCUCCGUCGUUGGUGGCGCCCUCUUUGGCUUCGAUAUCUCUUCCUUGUCCGCCCAACUCAAUGAGAACUCCUACAAAUGCUACUUCAACCAGGGUCCGCAGGGACCUCCCUUUACUGAUGAUGAGGACUGUUCGGGUCCGACCUCGUUGAAUCAGGGUGGGAUCACUGCUGCCAUGGCCGCCGGCUCUUGGCUGGGCGCCUUGAUCUCCGGACCGCUGUCGGAUCGUAUUGGCCGAAAGACUUCUAUAAUGGUUGGCUGUGUUAUCUGGUUGAUCGGAUCGAUUAUCAUCUGUGCAUCGCAGAACAUCGGCAUGCUGGUGGUGGGUCGCAUCAUCAACGGCUUGUCGGUCGGUAUCGAAUCGGCCCAGGUCCCGGUCUACAUCAGCGAACUGUCUCCACCCUCGAAGCGUGGUCGGUUCGUCGGCAUGCAACAGUGGGCCAUCACAUGGGGGAUCUUGAUAAUGUUUUAUAUCUCGUACGGAUGCUCCUACAUCGGCGGACAGAAGUCCUACAACUACAGCACCGCCUCGUGGCGUGUUCCAUGGGGUUUGCAGAUGCUCCCGGCCGUGUUCUUGCUCGGAGGAAUGAUGCUGCUGCCCGAGUCACCUCGCUGGCUGGCACGCAAGGAUCGGUGGGAGGAAUGCCAUCGCGUCCUGGCGUUGGUUCAUGCCAAAGGUGACUUGCAUCAUCCCUUCGUCGCUCUUGAAAUGCAAGACAUUCGCGACAUGUGUGAGCUCGAGCGACAGUACAAGAACGUCACCUACCUAGAUCUGUUCAAGCCGCAAAUGCUCAAUCGGACCCUGAUCGGCUUGUUCACGCAGAUUUGGUCGCAGCUAACGGGCAUGAACGUGAUGAGUAUUCUGCCUUGGCUGAUCGUGUCCAUAGUGUAUUACAUCACCUACCUCUUCUCCAUGGCCGGCUACACGGGCAAUUCCACCCUGCUGGCCUCGUCCAUCCAGUACAUCAUCAACGUGCUGAUGACUCUCCCAGCUCUGAUCUGGAUGGAUCGCUGGGGUCGCAGACUUCCCUUGCUGGUGGGGUCGGCUUUGAUGGCGAUCUGGAUGUAUACGAAUGCGGGGAUUAUGGCGGUUCAUGGGGAGGUGGUUCCGGGUGGAAUUGACGGUGUUGCGGCGGAAUCGAUGCGUCUGCAUGGGGCGGCGGCCAGAGGAUUGAUUGCCUGCACCUACUUGUUCGUCGCUUCAUACGCCCCCACCCUGGGCCCCGUUUCGUGGACUUACCCGCCCGAGCUCUUCCCGCUUCGGCUUCGUGGAAAAGGUGUCGCUCUCUCGACCUCGGGCAACUGGGCGUUCAACACCGCACUGGGGCUGUUCACACCGACGGCCUUUGCCAAUAUCCGCUGGAAGACGUACAUCAUCUUUGGCGUCUUCAACACUGCCAUGUUCAUCCACUUCUACUUCAUUUUCCCCGAGACCGCCGGAAAGACCCUGGAAGAGACGGAGGCGAUGUUCGAAGACCCCAAUGGCAUCAAGUAUCUUGGGACUCCAGCCUGGAAGACCAGGGUCAAGACCAGUGCAGUCCGGGAGAUGGAGCGCGGCCAUGUGGAUCUGGAGUCGAAGAUGGAGCCGGGCCACUCUCACACCGAGACGGUCGCAGCUGAUGAGAAGCGGGCACAAGAGCGCGCGGAGGUUUGA